AUGGAUGCCGCGAUAGAAGAUAAAGUUCUUGGACUUCGCACAGCGACGGCCUCAAAAAUUCUACUGGUGACAGAACUAAUUUUCUGCGUCUUAUUGGCGGGUGUUGUGUUGGUAAACCUAUUUUCGGCUCUAACAUGGCUACCAUUUCUGAUGAAUUCGGUAUUUUUGGUUUUCAACGCCACAUCGCUGAUAUUGCUAACAGUUGGGCUGAGAAGGAAGUUGCCGCUUCAUUUCUUGCCCAUUCUCAGCUAUGAGACAGUAUCGAUAUCGUGGACCCUGGUCUGGCUGUAUGCCUGUUAUACUUCCGGAAUUGAGGGCCAUCUAUGGCCGUUAGAAUGGCUAGGCGGUCCACAAUCGAGCCGUGAACCCCAAGUCACUGACGUUCGAGAUGCCCGCUAUCAUGACAAGUCUCAAACGGAUCCGGAAACGAAGCGGGCACUAAACCUUAGUGGUUUUCUUCUCGUCAUGUUCAUGUUGAUGUUCGCAACCAAGCUGUUGCUCUGGAUUUUGGCCAAACAUUGCUUCGUCGUUCAUCAAAAUGAAGCUGUCCGGCAGGCGAUGAAGUUCAGGGAGUUUGACCCGAUGCGCCAGCUUUUGGAUGAGGAAGAAGAGCCAAAAUUCACGGUCGUCUACAACAAGGACGCCGACAAGCCGACGCGUGUGCUUCGCCAAGCUUCGAAUGCCCAUAUUACGGGCCAACCGACUUCGCCGGGAUCGGAACACAGUGGUACUUCGUCGAUGAACAACCACGGCUUCAUCGGCGCCGUGCAGCAAUGGCUAGACGAGCAGGACGGGCUCCGCCAAGGACCGCAACCCUCCCAUCCACACCCUCCGGCGCCCCUUCAAACGUUUGAUGCGCAGGUUUGCUUCUUC